AUGGCGGAGAUGCAACCUGUAGAGAUAGGACGCGCUGCAACUGCAGAUGAGCUUCUCACGAAGUUUGUUCAGGCAACUGACAUGAACGCGAUACUGCUUAAGGACUUUGUGAGCGAUGUUUGCGGAAAUCCAGAUCUACUUGCGUGGGCAAAGGAGCUAUGCGCUGUAGGAGAGCCGGUUACGGAUCAGCUGUGCUAUUACGAAGGUCACGAGUCAAAGCCUGGAGAGUCCUUCAGGGAUCAGCUGCAGAGGCAGUUGCAGGACGAUCUUCAGACAUGCGGUCAAGACCUGGAUCGAGCAUCUGUGAGUGCAGAACUUGCAGACGGAAGCCCCGGUGCUGUCAAGGCAUUGAUGAAACUGUUUGACCGGCUUAUGCAGCUACUCGACCUCUGCAUUGCGGAUGGUGGCAGGGAGGAGAUGCGAUGGAAGCUGAAGAUAGAAGUGAACCAGGAUGGAGCUUGCACCAAGUUCCAUGAUGACAAUGUCAAGGUUCGCUUUGCUUUGGUUCUAGCGGGUGAUGGCACGGUGCUUCAUGACAACAGCAAGGUUGACUGGGACUUCUACACGUCCUGUGAAGGUGUGAUCCCCGCUCUGGCAGAGGAUCCCGAUCUGACCCCAGAGAAGGCCCGCAAGGCCAUCCUGCAGUGGAACCAGAAGGUCUGUGGGAAUGAAAUACCCACUGCGCCAGGGGACCUCUCUGUGAUGAAGGGUGGGCGGCUUACGAAGCGGCCCUGCCUUCACAGAGCACCGUACUCUGCCGGUGAGGGUCGUGAGCCUGCUCACCUCCUCAUUACGCUUGACCGCAUCCCCAAAGACGAGCUCCAGGAGUUUGUUGACAUGGACUUCGGUGAGGGUGCGGAAGAAGAUGAGACCAUGGAACAGCCGGUGAAGCGUGCUCGUGCUGGCCCGUAUUGA